UAAAAGGCAAUUUUUAGAGCAGAUGGCGUGCUGAAGAACCAGGUUACAAAAAUAUGUCAAAAAUUGACAGCCCCGCCUUUCCAACAAAGGUGCGCAAGCAAGAGAGGAAGAAGACAAUUGAAAUUUUGAUUUUGCAGUUGGGUAGAGAAGAGCAAUCAUUUGAGAUCAAAAAAAAAAAAACCAGGUGCGAUCGAAAAAUCUUGUGUUUUGACGGAGUUAUGCAACCUUUACUAAAAGCACCACUAUACGCAGAAUUGAAAAGAUUAAUAAAAAAUUGCGUGACAACAGAUCGAAAAAUCCUUAUUUUCCCGUGGAUUUUGAUGUGAAAAAACUUGAAGUGUAGCUGAAAGAUAGAGCAAAGUCACGGCUACAUAAUAGCUGAUUCAGGUUUUCUUACUUUCGAAACGUUAACACAAGAAAUCGUUUUUGAUUUCAGUGAAAAACCAGUGGAUUGUAAAGUUUGGGAUGGUUUUUUGGCCGAUUUACCAACACUCAAUCCUCAAAACAUUGAUAAAUUAGAAACAGAGAUCACAGUUGUAGAAUGCUAUAAUGCUCUCAAGGAAAUGACAAUAGGACGAUCUCAAGGGGAUGAUGAUAUCACAGUAGAGGUAUGGAGAGUAACAUUUCCCAUUAUUGGUGAAUAG